AGGUACCUAUGUGGACUCACUGGGGAGACGUUGAGGAGGGUGUAAGGGUGGAGGUACCGAACACAGAUUGCAACCUGCCUACCAAGGUCUUCUGGAUUGCAAGCAUCAUAAAGUUAGCAGGUUACAAGGCUUUGCUUCGAUAUGAAGGUUUUGACAAUGACUCUAGUCUUGAUUUCUGGUGCAAUAUAUGUGGUACGGAUGUUCAUCCGGUUGGCUGGUGUGCAACUAGUGGCAAGCCAUUAGUUACUCCUCGCACUAUCCAACACAAAUAUACAAACUGGAAAGCUUUUCUUGUGAAAAGACUAACUGGUGCCAAGACCCUUCCGCCUGAUUUUUGCUCCAAGGUUGUUGAAAGCAUGCAGUACCCAUUCAAAACUGCCAUGCGCGUAGAAGUUGUUGAUAAAACUCACCUCUGCCGAACACGAAUAGCAGUGGUUGAAAGCAUAGUGGGAGGACGUUUACGACUUAUCUACGAAGAAUGUGAAGAUGGAACAGAUGAUUUCUGGUGUCACAUGCUGAGUCCACUCAUUCACCCCAUUGGUUGGUCUCGAAGUAUUGGACACCGAUUCAAAAGAACAGAUGGUUCAAAGAAGCAGGAAGGACAAUGUGAUGCUGCACCACAGCUGUUUGCAAAGGUGAAGGAUGUGGACCAGAGUGGGGAGUGGUUCCAGGAAGGGAUGAAGCUGGAAGCAAUUGACCCACUGAAUUUGUCUGCGAUCUGUGUGGCCACAGUCCGCAAAGUAUUAGCUGAGGGCUACCUGAUGAUUGGCAUCGAUGGCUCAGAGGCAGCAGAUGGCUCGGACUGGUUUUGUUACCACUCCGUUUCUCCGUCAAUUUUUCCUGUGGGGUUCUGUGAAAUCAACAAGAUUGAACUUACUCCUCCCAGAGGUUACUCCAAAAUUCCUUUCAAAUGGUUCGACUACCUUAGGGAGACGGGAUCCGUUGCAGCACCUGUCAAACUGUUCAACAAGGAAGUUCCAAACCAUGGCUUCCGAGUGGGAAUGAAAUUGGAAGCUGUAGAUCUGAUGGAGCCGCGUUUGGUGUGUGUAGCAACUGUUACCCGCAUUGUCCAUCGGCUCCUCAGGAUCCACUUUGAUGGAUGGGAGGAUGAAUAUGACCAGUGGGUAGACUGCGAAUCUCCGGAUCUUUACCCUGUUGGCUGGUGUGAACUGACCGGCUACCAGCUUCAGCCACCAGCAUCGCAAGCCUCCAGGGAGAAUCAAACCAAUGUGAUGAAAAAGAAGAAAGCAAAGUCCAGCCAGUACAAGGGGCACAAAAAAAAAAUAUGCUGAACACCUUGAAGGUUACAACUCACUUCUCAGGAAUUUGCGAUCCCUAAGUACCUACAUGUAAAAGAAAAAAGGUGACGUUCCAAAACUUGCCUGGAG